AAUCUUACUGUAAGUGAUACAGUAAGAAAAUAUCAUAAACAUGGAUUGCUUGAAUGUAGCGAAGAUUUUACCAAAUUCCCCACAGAAGACACGAGGACAGAUUCAGGUAACUGUAAUGUUAUUUUUCGGACCGAUGUUUUCAGGAAAAAGCACUGAACUGAUGCGGCGCGUGCGGAGGUUUCAGGUGGCUCAGUAUUCCUGUCUGCUCAUCAAAUACGCCAAAGACACACGCUACUCUCAGAUGGGGAUGGCCACGCAUGACAUGAGUAUGGAUCUGCAGGCCUGCGUCAUCGGCAUCGACGAGGGACAGUUUUUUCCAGACACAGUUGAGUUCUGUGAGGAAAUGGCCAACAUGGGAAAAACCAUCGUAGUAGCAGCACUCGACGGAACCUUCCAGAGAAAGCCCUUCGGUAAUAUCCUGAAUCUGGUGCCUCUGGCGGAGAGCGUGGUCAAACUGAACGCCGUCUGCAUGCAGUGCUUCAAAGAAGCCGCUUACACCAAAAGACUCGGAGCUGAACAAGAGGUGGAGGUGAUCGGCGGAGCUGAUAAGUAUCACGCUGUGUGCCGAGCGUGUUACGGAGGUCUCAUGGCGUGUAAAGAGAACCGCGACCCGCAGAGAGAGGAGACGCCGCCGCAUGUGAUGUCAGGAAAACAGCCCAAUCAAAGCGCUCCACGAAAACUCUUCGCUUCCCUUCAUUUAUGAAAAUAACACAGCAGAAAACGAUUUCUUCCGUAGUAUUUUUGUCUUGUUUUCUUGUAUAAAUAUCUAAAAAUUCUUGAAUCAGGAUGGAUUUACUUGACAAGUAAAAUGACUUAAGAUAUUAAGUCUUGUUUUCUGAAAGAAAAAUCUACAUUUCGUUAGUUUUUGCCAAAAAUAUCAUGUCAGUGGGAUAAGAAAAAUAAUUUUAAUUCAAAGGCUAAACAAGAUUAUUUUUCUUACCCCAUUGACAGAUAUUUUUGCUUGUUUUAAGCAAAAACUAACAAUAUUUUCAGAAAACAAGACAUAAUAUUUUAAGUAAUUUUACUUGUCAAGCAAAUGCAUCUUAAUUCCAGAACUUGUAGACGUUUAUACUAGAAAACAAGACAAAAAUACUAAGAAAAUAAUUUUUUGCAGUUACUGUUAAUACACAGAUUUAACUCACUAAAGUGAGAAUUUAGCACCUGAUUUGUAUUUUAUUUUUUUUCAUGCUGUUGAUUUCUGUAUAUAAUAACUUAAACUCUUAAGGUCUAGCAAAAUAUGGUGUGCUUGUAUUUUCCGUUUAGAAAAUAGAUGAUCAUUUGUAUGUGUUUUAAUUUAAACCGUUUUAAACUAAUUUAUAAUUGUGUAACAACAACCAGCGGUCACCAUGGAAAACUGCCAAUGAGUGAUGUUUAAAAUGAGAGGAAAUAAAGUGAGUUUGGUUUUUCA